AUGGAGGAGGACGACGACUACGAGCCGCCGUUGAUGGCCACGUACAAGCAUCUCUUGGACAGUCACCCGCACCGACUGGACGUCGUCGAUCAUCGGAGCGACGCCGCCGACGCCGACGAGGAGGAGUGCUUCCUCCCGGUGAUCGACCUUUCCAUCCUGCUGCUGCAGCAUCAGCACAAGCAGUCAUCAGGCGCCGAGGCAGCAGCAGCAGAGCAGUGCCGGGCGUCCAUCGUGCGCGCCGCCGCGGAGUGGGGCUUCUUCCAGGUGACCAACCACGGCGUGCCGCAGGCGCUGCUGGACGAGCUGCACCAGGCGCAGGUCGCCGUCUUCCGGCAGCCCUUCCACCUCAAGGCGCGCCAGCCGCUGCUGGACUUCUCGCCGGAGAGCUACCGCUGGGGCACGCCCACCGCCACGUGCCUGGAGCAGCUCUCGUGGUCCGAGGCCUACCACAUCCCCACGACCAAUACGACAGCGCCGGCCGCCACCGCCGGUGACGAUGACGACAAGACCAGACUAGUGGUCGAGGAGGUGUCCACGUCGAUGUCGAAGCUGGCGCAGCAGCUGGCGGAGAUCCUCGUCGCAGACCUGGGCGAAAGCAUCGGCGAGGACACGGCGGUGGUGUCGCGGUGCACGCGGAGCACCUGCUUCCUGCGGCUGAACCGGUACCCGCCGUGCGCGGCGCCCAGCGGCGCCUACGGGCUGUGCCCGCACACGGACAGCGACUUCCUCACCAUCCUGCACCAGGACGGUGUCGGCGGCCUCCAGCUCGUCAAGGCCGGGCGGUGGGUCGCCGUCAAGCCAAACCCCGGCGCGCUCAUCGUCAACGUGGGCGACCUCCUGCAGGCGUGGAGCAACGACCGGUACCGGAGCGUCGAGCACCGGGUCAUGGCCAGCGCCGCGCGGGAGAGGUUCUCCGUCGCCUUCUUCCUCUGCCCCAGCUACGACACGCUCAUCCGGCCACGCUGCGGCGCCGGCGGACCUCCUCGCUACGAGAGCUUCACCUUCGGGGAGUACCGGAACCAGAUCAGGGAGGACGUCAGGCUCACGGGCCGAAAGCUCGGCCUGCAACGCUUUCGCAAACCAGAGUAG